GGGUGGGUGAAGUGAACGUUAGUGAAGAUAAUGGGGAAAAGAAAGGGGCGUCAAUCUGAGAACACAGAAACCCUAAAUACUUCUAGUAAGGGAGGAGAUGAUGAAUCCAUGAAUGGACGAUCAGAUGAUUUAGAAGAAGGCGAGAAAUCAGGCUUCUUCGCUUGCUAUUUGUUGACGUCACUCUGCCCUAGAUACAAAGGACACACCUACAUCGGGUUCACUGUGAACCCAAGGCGACGUAUUAGGCAACAUAAUGGUGAAUUAUGCAGCGGUGCAUUUAGAACCAAGAAAAAACGCCCUUGGGAAAUGGUACUCUGCAUCUAUGGUUUCCCAACUAAUGUUGCUGCUCUUCAGUUUGAGUGGGCUUGGCAACACCCUGUGGAAUCACUAGCAGUAAGAAAGGCGGCAGUUGGUUUUAAAUCACUGGGUGGACUUGCAAACAAGAUCAAAUUGGCAUACACAAUGCUCACUCUACCAACCUGGAACAACUUGAACCUCAAUGUAAACUUCUUUUCAACAAAAUACACAAAGCAUUAUGCGGGAUGCCCUACCUUACCCAGCCACAUGAGGGUUCAUGUUCGCUCCAUGGAUGAACUUCCGUGUUACACAGAAGGAUAUAAAGAGAGUGAAGAAGAUGAUAUGUUUGCAUUUGGAAACGAUUUUAGAGAUGAUGAUGAAGAACCGGUUUUUGUUUCUUCAAAUCAUCAUAACAACAAAGAAGAAGAAGAAGAAGCAACUUCUGUUUCAGAUACUGAAAUUCAUGAACAAGAAGUAGAACCAGUUUUUGUUUCUUCACAUCAUGAAAUCAUUGAAAAAGAAGAAGAAGAAGAAGAAGAAGAAGAAGAAGAAGAAGAAGAAGAAGAAGAAGAAGAAGCAACUUCUGUUUUGGAUACUCAAAAUCUUGAUGAUGCUUCAGUGUGGGUGAUCAGUGAUACACCAGAGAAAUCGUUUGUGUGUCCAGUGAUUGAAGAUGGAAAUGGUAAAGUGAAGGGUGAGGAUGGAAUUGGAAUUGGGAAUGGAUUUGGAAUUGGAAUUGAGAUUCCUGUUUACAGUGGUGGGGUUGAGGUGAUAGAUGUUUUCAGUCCAUCACCGGAGUACAAGGCGAGUUCAAGGAAGAAAAGGGCGGUUUUUGUUGACUGCCCUGAGAUUAUUGACUUGACUCAGUCUCCCAUAUGUGUGUAA